AUGGCAACUGCGCUCCGUCAUGGCCGUAAGGGGGGAAAGGUGAGUUCAUCUCCAGCGGUUGCCCCACGAGCUGUCACACCCGGAAGCGCCAUUUCUCCUCUCUCACUGCAGGCAUUUGGAGAAGGCACCACGAUUAUCAGUGACCUCAACGCAGCGCAUCCGUUUGACCCGGAUGCAAUCGCGAAUGUUGCCAGAAAAACACCAACCAAUGAGGCCAAUGUUCUUCAGUUUGACAUGGAAGCCAUUCAACACAUCGGCAAGGGAGUGAUGGUUGGACGGACGAAGCAGGUGCGAACCACCACCCGUCAGUCACAGGUUAGCACUGCAGAAGCGUUAUUGAAAUUACGAGGUGCCGCUAAGGAGCAAAAAAAAACGUCGGCAUUCCCCGUGCAUCCGCUGGACCUUGGAAAGCUUAGAGACCACAAUGUCGUGGUGGUGCAGAAGCCGCAAGACGCCUUAACCUUUGCUGUGGCCCUUGCUACGUCGGCACCGCAGGCAAAGGUGCUGGUGGUGGUCCCCAGAUAUUAUGAGGUGGGUCUCGCUAAGCAGCGUUUGGGUUCUUUGGUCGUCGAUGGUAAAACGGCUGCGACGGGGGAAUUUUGCGGGCAAAUGUUUGAGGGUAAUCAGGCAGCACCGUUAUGGGUUACGAGCGCCGAAAUGGCGCUGCUUUAUCUGACGAAACUGCAAAGUAUGGCUCCCUUUUCACACUUGGUGGUGCCGGCGUCAUAUGACACAACCCAAUUGCUUUCAUGUUUUCUCAGGGCGUUUGGCCAAUGGCUGCUGGGUGGAGCGGAUUUGCCUUGGUCUUUGAGACUUGUUCUGACACACGAGCGAAGCGAUCGCAACGAAAUUAAAGGCAUCCUUCAAGGCCUUAAAGUCACCUUUAUUGAAAGUACCGUGGAACAUGUCACGGAGUUCUCGUACGCUGAAACGUGUGCUUUGGUUGAGAAGGAAAUGAUGGAAAUGGAACGGGAUGGGUCUGGCGUCUUCCCGCCGCCCACGAAAGGGCUCAUUGACCACACGGCAAAAGUUGCAGUCAGCGUCGUGCAAUGCAUUAUUAAAGAAAGCGAGCAGCGACAGGUUAUCGUCGUCUUCACAGCUGAGGCGCGCGAGGUUUUGAUUGCACUUCAAGAAGCUCAGCUGGAGGAUUGUGUCAUUUGCUCGGGAUUUCAAGGCAGCGAAGAGGCAACAGACACGAAACACUGCGUGUGUGUGGUGAACCGUGUGCGUCAUGCUCUGGAUGUGGUUGAUGAGUGUACCAUGGUGGUCGACACCGGCACCAUUCGUCGCCCAGGAGCGCAGUACAAGUCUGAGAGUUUCAUGGCAGCCAGCAAAACGGAAUGGGAGACAAAAGUGGAACGUGCAGGACGUUUAUCUCUGCUCGAGAGGAAACGGGGAUGUUGCUACUUUGCUUUGUACCCCGACGAAGUUUCGGCAGAGUUCAGUGAGGAUGCCACCUCCCUCCCUGAUGUCUUCGACGUGGAGGAUGCGUUUCUUCACUGUGCUCGACUGAAUCUUUCUAUGAGCGAUGUGGCAACUCUCCUCCCGCGUAUUCCUGCCGAAACUGUUGAACAAGUAUUGCACAAUAUUUCAGAAAAAUGCAUGAUAUCCAGUCCACAGGCUCUUGCCAUUACCUUUUUGGGAGAAAUGGCUUCCCGCCUUCCUGUGGAUUUAGACAUCGCGUCCUUUAUUAUAGCUGGUUGUAAUUUUGGUCUUGGUGAGGCCGCCCUGGCCAUUGGCAGUGUGGCGGCGGUACCUUUCCGUUCUAUCACCCCGUUGACGUACAGCAACGCCCCUUGGGGUGAGUCGACAAGGCGGAGCCGCGAAAAAUACGCCGGGGAGAUUGCGCGUCACAGUGACCUUCUGGCUGACACCCUUGUCUUUAUGGCGUGGCUAAAGCUGCGUGCCCGGGGAGAGUCUACUGCGGAGUUCCUCAGAGAAACCCUUCUGCAAGAGUUCAGACUUGUCAAUAUUGAGAGAUUGAUGAAGUACAUGCGAGAACAGAUGACAAAUUAUGUGUUCCUGGACCGCUCUAAUACAACGGAGCUCUGGGAAGAGUUGGCCGCCUGUGUAGAGGAAAACUCGACCAUCUUUCUACUUCUGGAGUCCGUGGCCUUGGCACGACGGGCUGCCUUUGUUCGCGACGCAGGACACCUCAACGAAAAGGAUCGUUACGCCUCCAUGGCCUUUGUUCGCACCUCCAAACGAUUGGUGCCGCACAGUUACAUUCCCACAUCUAUCGAAUGGGGCACGGGUAGGACUAUGGUCCCGGUGAUUAUUAAAAACAGCACCAAUAUUCUUGCCGGGUUGUUCUCCCUCAUUCACACUCCAUAUUUUUUCGCCUCACUUUUGCUUCUCUAUCCAUCUGUGGAGUACUCGAGGCCUGCGAUGAGGGACAAUGGGAAUGUCGUCUACUUUGGCGUUUCAUGUAACCGGCAGAUGAAACGCCUCAUUGUUUCUAUUGAAGACGCCACACGAAUUCUUGAUUUCCGGGAGAAGGUAAAUCUGGCGCUGGGUUGUAUGCAGGCACUUCGUACCGCUGCUCAUCCCAUUUCGAGGACAAAGUUCUUCCUUGCUCUGAAAAAGCAUGAUCGUCUCUUUGACGUUGAACGGCUGCAAAAGGGAAUUCGCUCGCAGCUGCUUGAUCUGGUGACGGCGCUAAAAGUCACGGAGCAUCAAGGGAGCUUCGAGACCUACGCCACGCACUGCACAGCCCCAAAGGAGUUGCUCCCUACUACUGACACACCUGCACUGGAUUUGGUGGUGCUUCGUCGGUUUGUGGACGGCACGCUGUGGGAACGUUUGCCCACCCCAAGCUCUGCAAUGAUGCCAAGCGCCACUGCUUUUGGCGACACGCCGCCGACGUUGGCUGCCGCCCCCGUGAUCGCUGGAGACAACGACGGCUACGACGACGAUGACGAUGUGGAGAUAAUUCAGGAUUCGUACUUUAUGCUCCACGGCCCACUCGUUGAGGACGAGGAUGAUGACUAA